AUGGCUCCUAAUCAAGAGAAUCUAGAAGGACCCUACUCACCCGAUAUCGAUCUUUCCUUCAAGCGUGGUGUUCAACGUGAACUAAAAAAACUCAUCGUCGUCAAUGUAAUCAAUUUGAUUGCUUGUUCAACUACAAUUAUCCUGUAUAUCUAUUUCAAUGUGAGUUUUCGACGACACAAAUAUGCGCAUGACAAAACGGGUCAGUUCGUAUUUGAACUGAUUUUACUCAUUUUUGGUAUUCUGAAUACAAUAUUUGGUCUCUCUCUGGCCAUUUACGAACGUGUACAAGAACAACAGCAACAACAACCAAAAGAUAAAAUGAUCUCCUUUCAACGAUGCAAUUAUAUUCAUCUAUUACUUAAUCUUAUCUGCUUCAUUGCCUUUGCCAUCUAUCUUAUUAUUGAAUUUAUUUAUUGGUUCAGUGCUCUUCAGGUGGACACAAAUUUACGCAGCAGCAUCCAGCUCGUCAUCAUUAUACUACUUCUACUCAUUGUGUUAUGUUGUGCUCUAUGUGUUAUAUGGAAUCGAAUACUUGCUUGGACUCCAAAAUAUAGAUUUUCGCGUGCUAUUCUCUUUUUUUCAUCCAUGAUUCUUGUUGCCAUUUCUAUAGUGACAUUGAUUUUAAAUCAUCGUGUGCAUUUUUUCUAUCCUGUCAUUGCACCUGACAGUCAUGUGCCACUAGCGUGUUAUAGCAUAUGUCAAGCGAGUGCCAGUUACACAGUCAUUUGGGGGAUUUUCGGUACUAUUCUCACGUUCAUUUAUGCAAAAGCAAUUCGACUAAACAAGUUGCGAAAUGGAAUUUGGUACGUUUUCAACGCUACAUGUCUCAUUGGCAUAAUGAUCGUCGUAGCAUCCACCAUCAUUCUUUUGUUGUACAAUACAACGCUUUAUGGCAAAAUCAAUUCAUCCAAUGUUAAGACUUUAAUUAAUGCAGACACAGCACUCUCUGUUCUACGAUGUAUCAUAUUGAUGUUGAUGGUCACGUCCUUGCACUGUUUAAGAAAGGUGAGUCGCUCUGACAAGAAUGGGCUGACAGUUGAAAGCAUUCAAUUAAGUAAACAAUCGCCAGCCUACAUCAAACAUUGGGGUACGGCUAUUGAUGCAUGCAGUCAAACAUUAGACGGAAUGACUGGUGAUGCUGCUCUACAACUGAUGAUGGCCUAUCAGGAAGGUCAGUUGGACGAUGUUACCGGUAUUGUCUUACGCAUUGCCAGACCUGCUCGACGCAUUCAAAUUCUCAUCGAUCAGUGGGAUGAUACGGAAGCUAUUGUCUUCCUUACGCUCAUUAGCCACUAUGACACGACUGUAUCUGCUCUUCCCAAAAGCUCUUGGGGUGGAAUUCUUCAACGAACACUUGGCUCGCAAAACUGUAUGCCUUGCUUUCGUCCACUUGUCCUUCGGUUAGGUCUACUCGGUUUCCAUUGGCCGUUUCGAGCAGGUAUCUUCUUCACGUCAUGUCACGCUGACGCUGCAUCGCGUGCAGUUCAUGUACUUGAAAGUGUACUCGAAUGGAACGGAAUGCAGAACUCCAAAUUGCAUUGCGAUGUUCUUCUUUUGCCUACACUGAGUACUGAACCGAUGGCGAGAGCUAUUAAUAGUGCUGGUUUCUUUCCUCUACCUCUCCGACCUACUCAUAUGCUCGAUUUACGAUCGCAUCAUGGCAAGACUUUGGAAGAGUAUAUGAAAUCUUUAAAAAAAAGCAGACGGCGACCUUAUCCUCAGCAGUUUCUCAAGAAAGGUGGUAUCGUCGAAGUGAUUCACGACUUGAGCAGACUUGAAGUGGGUGCAAUCGUUUGCGAUCAAUGGGAGAAUAUUGCACGAGCUCGGCAAGAAAAAGAUGAACCACCUACAUUAGCACGCCCAUCCGCACAAUUUAUUACAGCGAUUGGUCACACAAUGAUUGAAUCAUAUCGCUCGGUCAUUCUUCUUCGGUUCAAUAACGAAGUCAUUGCUAGCUCGGUUAUUUUCAAAUUUCCAAAUAAUCUCCUCACGACCGAUAUUCAAGGACUGACUCAUGAAAAGGCUCGACCUUUGAAAGCCUAUUUUGUUAUGCUUCAAUGGGUGAUUAAAGAGGCACUGAAUGAAAAAUUUGACUUUGUUGAGUUUGGUCCCACCACGCCAGGACCUAAAAUGGAUCUCGGCUGCACUCAGGUACCUCUGCAAGCUGCUGGCUAUUGUGGAAAUCCUAUUAUUGCUUUUGGUAUCAAGAAAUGUGGUGCAAUGGUAGAUACUGUGCACAUGAAAACAGAAAAUCAAAACCCGAACACCUUCGAAGAAGUGACAUUUGAAGAGGAAAAUGUAGAAGUUCAAGUGAAUUCUCUGAAAACCAAAACUCAAGGGUCGGUAGCUAGUGUUCUUGUGCAUCAAGUUCCUCCUACUGGUUCUUAUGUCACCCAAACACAACACUCUUCAGAGAACAAUCCUUCUGCAGCAGUCAUAUCACAACUGACUAAUGUCAGUAGAUCAAUACAUGACAAUAGUGCUAAUGUCGAAGUACUUAAAGAUGCGAUAGAAAUAUCAAAGAAGCAAGUAUUGCGCCUUUCAGAAAAACAGAAGCCAGCAAACGACAGAAAAACACCCAGAUUUAGCAACACUGAUCGAUCCGAUCAAUAUCCAUGUAAUAAACACAAUUUCACAAAGACCAAGAAUUCCACGCCAAGGACAAAUCAAGAGAAUAAUCUUUCAACAGGCAGUGAAGCAGUCUUCGAUGAGCUAGAGUCUCAUAAUCCAGUAAAUCCUAUACAGACGCUUUCUAUGUCUUCCAAUUCGAAUGCAGACGAAGCAACUUUAAGUCUUUCUCGACCGAAGAAUCUCAAAUAA